AUUUUGUAAUCAGGGCUCCUGUGCAAACCCUUUCUUUCAGCAAGUGAGGGAAAGCUACAAAGUAACUGAACCACACCUAAAGUUUCAGGAAGUUUUCAGAGAUAAGAAAAUCUCUUUGAGCUGGAAGCAAAUCCCACCAGAACGCAUAAAGAGAAAUCAUGUUUUAUUACGCUGCUCUCAGAGAAUUCUCUGUGAGCUGAAGUGAAAGGGGCCGUACAAAUGGAGUUCAGAGUUACUGGAAGUCACUCCAGAGGCCAUUGGGUUUUUGUCUGCAGUUGGAGUCUUUGUUAUCUUGUUGGUAGUUCUAUUCCUCUUCAUCAACAAGAAAUUGUGCUUUGGGAAAAUUGGUGGCCUCCCAUGCCUUGAACUGAAGCGAGAAAAGAAGCGGGCACGGGAUAAAGCUGGAAUCCACAAGGGCCUCGCACACAAGAAAGUAGCUGUUGACACACUCACACGUUGGGACUGCUGGUGAUCAAGGAGCGUGAAUUUCCCUGGAGAUCAAGGAGCGUGCAUUCCAUUAACCAUGGAUUCUGAAGAAAUUUCCAAGAAGAAUCCUGCCUUACCAUCCUUUUCUGCUUGGAUGUCUCAGAUGACUGAGUCAUUCCAGCAAGCUGGGAACUCCAUAUCCAAUGCACUUCUAAAUCUUCGACAAGGUGCGCCUAAUCAAACGUGGAACUCAGAUGUGCCAGGCUCCGCAGGAAAAGCGGAGCAAGAGCCUCAGACUGUUCAUGUAACAGAUUCAGAUUUAACCGCUGAUGGUGUUGACAGAAAGUAUACAGCUGGUGAUUUACGAGCAGCAGCCACUGAUGAGUUGGAACCUUUGGAGUAUCAGAGCGCUGAGGCAGAAAUGCAUUUUACUGAUGGCAAGACAAUUCACAGGCUGCCUGAGGAUUUGGAUCAAGACUCCUCAUGUUUAUGGAAUGGAAUAGAUUCACCUGUUGGAAAUGACAAUGCUUGUAGUGAAGAAGAUGGUAAUGGCUAUGAACCUCCAGACUGCCUGGCUGCCAUUCCAGAGGAAACAAGGAUUGAAAGCAAUCACAUCUAUGUCAAUGUUAAAUGUAAACAAGGUUGUGAGGAGCUGGGAAUUGAUCCAGAAUGUGAAGCAGUGAACAGUUAUGGGGAUGAUGAGGAGUUGACAACAUCCACAGACAGCGAUGAGGAAGUGAUCAAACAGUUUGAAUUCUCAGUAUCGAGAUCCCAGAGUUUCCGGUCUACGAUGUCAGAGAAAGUGACACAGGCGGGUUUAGAGCGUAGGCAGAAAUUUAAUCGUUUGCCUUCGAAUCAUGAAGAAUUCAGCACCGAGGCCUCUGAAGUUGAAGACACAGAUAAGCAGCACCAGUUCAGCUUUCAAGAUAACUGCUCUUAUGAAGGGGAUGAGUUCUCUAUGAGCUCAGCCAUGGGAUUGGAGGAGGGAGCUGACCAUCACAAGGUCUCUGAUGCAGCAGCUGGGACUCCAGCUAAUAAUCACGGGAUGCAGCAAAUGGAGGAGGGAAAUCCAGAUCAAGAGACCAACUUUGAUAAUCAAGGCUAUGAAGGAAAUGACAAGACCAACAGUUCCUCAGCCUGGAGUCCAGAGGAUGCAGAUGCCAGCCUUACAGCCCCUCAGCAGCAGGAGCUGCCGGAACCAAUUUCAAAAUGCGGAGACCUCUACGUCAUUUUCAAUUACAAACCCUCCGACCACAAACUGGAAGUUACAAUAAUCACUGCUAAAGACAUCCCAGAUAAGGACAGGAGUGGCGCUAGUUCAUGGCAGGUACGUGCAGUCCUUCUCCCUAGCAAGAAGCAACGCUCCAAAACCAGCAUCCAGCGAGGACCCACGCCCGUCUUCAAUGAGACCUUCAGGUUUCACAAGUUGGUGAAGGAGGAGCUCCACUAUUCUGCUCUUCGGUUCCGCCUGUAUGCAGUGAGGAAGAUGAACCGGGUGAGGAUGAUGGGGGAGAAAUUGUUUUACCUCAAGAAUCUAAAUCAAGAAGGGGAAAUGGAGGUGUCCUUACUCCUGGAGCCAAGGAGUAACAUAAGUAGUGGAGAUUCACAGAUCAGCCUGUCUGCCGUCUCUCACAGUGACAGUGCUUCAUCCACACAAUCCCUUUCACACGGUGGAGUCCCAGAGCUACUUGUUGGGUUGUCAUACAAUGCCACAACAGGAAGACUUUCUGUUGAAAUAAUUAAAGGUAGUCACUUUCGGAACUUGGCUGUCAACAGGCCGCCUGACACAUAUGCAAAACUCUGUCUCCUGAACUCAGCUGGGCAGGAGAUGUCACGGUGCAAAACGUCCAUUCGACGUGGUCAGCCUAACCCGGUCUACAAGGAGACUUUCAUCUUCCAGGUUGCUCUUUUCCAGCUUUCCGAAGUCACUCUGAUGAUCUCGAUUUACAACCGGCGCAGUAUGAAGCGCAAGGAGAUGAUUGGUUGGAUUUCCAUGGGGCAGAACAGCAGUGGGGAAGAGGAACAAAAUCACUGGCUGGAAAUGAAGGAAUGUCAGAGCCAUCAGGUGUGCAGAUGGCACACACUACUGGAAUCUUAAACUUGCUCUGGCUCAAUAAAGGAUGUCUUUUGGAGACCUUUUAUCUAUGCAGCAGACAUCUGUUGUAUUGCAUUGUUCAGACUCUAUGCUAAUGCUAACGAUAGUCAAGUAGUCCAGGACUUUAUUAUGUAUAGCAGAUUGCUUAUCUAGCAUGAGAAAUUCUUACAGGGAUUUAAAAGCUAUUUCCAAGAGAUAAGUGCCUGUGGAGGAGCUGUGUCACUGUGAUAUAAUAACAAUGACAAAUCAGUAUCUAGGAUGAACAUGUAGUACAAAGGAACUGCUGUUGCUAGAGAUGUAAGUGCAUGUAUUUAAUUGGUCAUUAGUUAGUGCCAAGCCAUGCAUGCAAAAGUGAUCCAGUUCUUCAAAUGUUCCCUUCCUCUGAGAGUUGAGCAGUCUAUAAUUUGUUGACAACUGCAAAUGCUAAAUAUCAUUGAUUUUUGUUUAAAGAUGUCUCUUUAACGAUAAUAAAACAAGCUGUACAGAA